CCAAUCACUAACUUAUCGGAAACGUCGUUUUUAUCCGGGUUCCACACCUAUAUAUGAGGGCAGCGCUGUUCUUGGGCAUUGGCCAGUUCACCAUGUUAAAGGUGCUCGCAGUUACCGUUUUCUUAGUCAGCAUCUGCUCGCCCAGCCGAGCCAAAGGGAUCUACCAAUUUAUACCGCAAAGUCAGGCGCAGAUAGACGUAGCGUCACCAUUUGCUUUUCGUUAUUCGGCGGAAGGAGCAGAUGGAGGAAGCUCUAGAGAAGAAUUCUGGGAUGCUGCGGGGAACGUAAAAGGUGGAUACUCUUUAAGCGUUAAUGAUGGACGUAGCAGACGUGUGGAGUACAAUGCGGAUGCUUCCGGGUUCAAAGCCAAAAUUGAUACUAAUGAGUUGGGUACGAAGAGUGCUAAUCCAGCUGACGUCGCCUUUCGCUCUUCUGCUCCUUCAACCACUCAGGAAUCCACUCUUUAUAAUGGAGGAAGUCAAGUAUUUGGACCAAUUGGCGUGGAUACGGGUGGAGCUCCCGCUCCUUAUUCUUUCCAUUAUGCGGUAACGGGUGAUGAUGGGGGUAAUUCUCACCAAGAAUCGUCGGACGGAGCGGGAAAUGUCCGAGGGAGCUACUCCUUGAAUAUCAAAGACGGAAGGAGAAGAAAGGUGGAAUAUUCUGCUGGUGCGGGAGGCUUUAAGGCUUCGGUAAACACCAAUGAACCUGGAACUAAAAGUGUCAACCCAGCAGACGUAACCUUUUACUCCGGUGUACCCCUGGCGUCACCCGAGCUUGUUUAUGCUACAGAUGUGUCUGCACCCGCAUUUUCAGGAGUGGCGAAAGGCUCCGGAGUUUCGUUUCAGUCGAUACCCGAAAGUGGAGCGCAACAAUACUCGUUCGGUUAUACUGCAGAAGGAGUCGAUGGUAGUAGCUCUCAUCAGGAAUCGUCAGAUGGGGCUGGCAAUGUCAAAGGUAGCUACUCCUUAAGUAUUAAAGAUGGAAGAAGAAGAAAAGUAGACUAUACUGCCGAUAGCAGUGGAUUUCAAGCGAGUGUAGAUACAAACGAACCAGGAACUAAGAGUGAAAAUCCUGCUCAAGUGUCCUUCCUUUCCUCUGCUCCUCAGUUAUUACCUAUCCAGAAAUCCGUCGUUGCUCAAGCGCCCGCUACAGGAGCUACUUCCGGAUAUUCCUCAACUUCGUUCCAAUUAACGCCAGGAAACGGACAAGCUCCUAAACCUUAUUCUUUUAGCUAUACUGCUGAAGGUGAUGACGGUGGAAGUUCCCAUCAGCAAUCAUCCGAUGGAUCGGGAAAUGUUAAAGGAACUUACUCCUUAAAUGUCCUUAAAGAUGGGAGGAGAAGGAAGGUCGAUUAUACAGCCGAUGCUGGAGGCUUUAAGGCUACUAUCGGCACGAAUGAACCAGGUACUAAGAGCGAAAGCCCUGCACAAGUAACUUUUCUUUCAGCAACCCCUGAAAUAGCACCCGUUGGUAUCGCUCAAGUUCCCGUUAUACCCGCAAUUUAUAGUGGUGGUCCUAGUUCUUCCGCAGUUUCUUUUGAUUUAACGCCGGGAAGCGAAGAAGCUCCUAAACCUUAUUCUUUUGGCUAUACUGCUGAGGGUAUCGAUGGAGUAAGUGCUCAUCAAGAAUCAUCCGAUGGAGCUGGAAACGUUAAGGGAAGUUACUCCUUAAAUACCAAGGAUGGUAGAACGAGGAAAGUCGAUUACACAGCCGAUGCGGGAGGUUUUAAAGCCAGUGUAAAUACCAACGAACAAGGAACUAAGAGUGAAAAUCCUGCUCAAGUACUUUUUCAUUCAACUGCACCACAAGUACAACCAGUCUUCGUUGGUGCUUCGUCUAUUAUACCAAUUGCACCGAUUACGGGAGAACCUUCUUCGUACGCUCCUUCAAACGGGGGUGUUUUUACAGGGACGGUAAGCGAUGCGAAAAGUCCUUAUUCGUUCAGCUACACCGCGGAGGGAGUCGAUGGAGGUAGCUCCCAUCAGGAGACAUCAGAUGGUUCGGGGAAUGUCAAAGGCAGUUACUCCUUAAAAGUUAAAGAUGGACGAAGCAGAAAAGUCGAUUAUACCGCCGAUAAAGGAGGCUUCAAGGCCAGUAUAAACACCAAUGAACCUGGAACUAAGAGCGAUAAUCCCGCCCACGUGACUUUCUACUCCUCCGAUCCUCAGAUAUCGCCUAUACUUCCGGCAGCCGUUCCAGUUUAUCCCGUUAAAUUAGAAUCGUCACUUCCUCCCGCUUACGGCGGAACACCUAAGUCUUCGGCUGUAUCUUUCCAGAUAACACCCGGAGGAGAAAAUGUCCCAUCCCCUUACUCAUUUAGCUACGCCGCAGAGGGUGACGACGGAGGAAAUUCUCAUCGAGAAUCAUCAGAUGGCGCUGGAAACGUUAAAGGAAGCUACUCGUUAAAUGUCAAGGAUGGAAGGAGAAGAAAGGUCAGCUACUCGGCAAACGCGGGUGGCUUCCAGGCUAAUGUGGAUACUAACGAACCAGGAACUAAGAGCGAAAAUCCCGCUCACGUAUCAUUCCUCUCCUCAGCCGCACUACCAGUUAUUAGCGGGGGAGUUCCCGCUCCUAAAAGUAUUCUUACUCCCGUUUCUUUAAAUGCGGGAGAAGGAGCCGCUUCUUACACCUUUGACUAUAAAGCCGAGGGUAAGGAAGGGGGAAGCUCUCGCUGGGAGUCAUCCGACGGCGCCGGAAACGUUAAAGGGAGCUAUUCCUUGAAUGUUAAAGAUGGCAGGAGCAGGAAAGUAGAUUAUACAGCGGGUGCGGGAGGUUUCAAAGCUAGCGUAGACACUAACGAGCCAGGUACAAAAAGUAGCAGCCCAGCAGAAGUAUCGUUUCUGUCUACAUCGCUACAUUUAACGCCCGACCUUCGACAGCCCGUGCCCGCUCUUCCUUCAACGCCUAUCCACUGGAACAGGGGCGUCAAAUCUUGGGUCUGAACACUCGCCUAUAUUGUCUAUCGCGUAAACGUUGCGCACAAUAAAAAAGAAAAAAAGAAAAAAUUAUAUACGCUUGGGAAGAAGCGGCAACAGCUUUUGAUAUGGGAAUUUUUGUGGCAUUUUGUCUUACUUUAUAUAGGCGUAUCUGUGAUAACUGUAUAACAAUCGCGCGUAAUUAUAUAUAUUGUAAAGAAAUGGUCAUUGGUGUAUGAUUUUAACAUAUUUUUCAAUAAAUAUUGCAAUU